AUGCGGUUGAAAGACAUGCGCGAUGCGCGAAGGGAGAAGGACCUGGCUCUAGAAGAGCUUGUGAUGGUUUUUGCUCCAGCUGGGCUGUACCGCCCAGACGACGAACCCCCCUUUUUUUGGGGUAACGACAUGCUUCUGUGGAUCCCAGACUCGGACGCCAAUCAAAAACUUGGUGGCAGGCAGCCAUUGCCACAGGAAUUUUCGCACUACAAGGGCAUCCGCGCUAUUGUCGACAACACGGAUCAGGAAAUAUCCAGGUCAUACUGGCGGCUCUUUGAGCACAUCCAGAUCAUGAUAAAGAACGAAAAGCCUGAGAAUUACCUGCCAAAGCUUCGGGUGCUGGCAAGAAGGCGAUUCUGGGCUAAGGAAAAUUACCGCACCCCCGUCAAACGAUGCGAGCCGGCCUGGGAACCCGCGGACCAAAGGGUUCUAAGAAGGAUUAUACAUCUUGUUCAGGCUGCAGAGGUAGACAAUCUCUACCUUUACAAAGAGUACGGUCUGGAACGGCUAGGAGCAUACAUUAAGGACCCUCCCCAGACACGCAGAUGCGACAAACACCAGUCGUCAUCAAUUCCUGGUUGCUACCACCAGCAUGUGCUCUACAAUCUCGUAAACGACAUUUUCGGCAGACUGCUGUCGGAACUGCAAAGUCGCGAGCUUGAAACUGCCGAAUAUUACUUUAACACAGCGUUUAGAUCUGAGUCUGACCGGAGAAAAGAAGAGGAAGAGAAAGAGGAUUUGGCCCGCAGCUAUCUUGACAUAUUGGCGUGGACUCCAGAGAGGUUGCGUAAGACAGUGAGAGAGGAGCAGGAGCAACGGCAGCGCACUUACCUUGGCCCAAGCUUACAGUCCUUCUCUGACGUGAGUGAGGCUGAUCGGGAGAGAGAGGAUGAUAGGCGCCGCGGAAAACGACCCUGUCUCAGUGUGAUUCGUCGUAGUUAG